CACAACAAAAAGAUACUUACGUACUUAGGCUAACUGAGGUGAAAACAAUACACAAUACAGGGACUCGAAUCAGUUUUAUUCUCUAAUGGAUCAGACUUUGAGAGUGCACACCGUUAUGAAUGAACCGAUUCUUUAAUAUUUCAGAAUUUUCAAACGAACCUAUAUAACAAGCACACAAUUUGAAUUGAAUUAACUAGAAUAAUUCCAACUUCCCAACAAAACAGAGGAUAAUUAAAGAUGAACAAUUAACUUUUCACCACUUAAUGACAGACAGAAAAGCACUGUUAAAGUGAAAAGAUUUGACCACACCGUCAGCUCUGACAUUAUUAAAACACUCCAGCUAAAAAUGAUGCUAGUUAAUUGCUCCCCAACGCUAAUUAAACUAAAGCUAGGCUAUGUUUGUAGACUGUAUCAAUUAAAGACUGGGUUUUAUAACAAAGCUGUUAUUUUGCUGUUCAUUUAUCCCCUGACUGUAAAAUACCGGUUCUUUUGUUUAAUUUUUAAUAAUAAUUAUUAUUAUUUAUUGAUACCCUAGCCAAUUUUUCUGGACAACUCAAAUUAAUUUAGAUGCCCAGGGUACUAACUCUGUGGGUAAUAAAAUAAAUUGUUUUCUGUUGGUGUUUAGUAGAAGCACAUUUCAUUAUAACAGACCCAAGGGCUCAUUUUCUCUGCGCAAGGCUCAUGACAACUUAUUAAAUCUAAUCUAUGAUGAAAAUAAAAGAUCAAAGGGAGGUUAUUUUACCAUGAAGAUAUCUAGUUAAGGAUCCCAAUGUUUCCGGUCUCAAGGAAUUCAGACUUCGAUUGUUGUUACUUUUGCGUUUGGAAACAUUCGGUUUCACAGCAGCAUUUUUUGUGAUAAGAAAUGCAUUCGAAAACAUCCACAAUGCAGACGAAGUGAAUGUAACAGGUCGGUAGCCUAAUGUCAGUGUGUGAGGGCUCAAACUCGCAUAUACCGAUGUGUUAUUUUACUACGUCUUGUUUAAUACAGGUCAGGGUGACUUCACAGGUCCCACAGGAGACAAGUACAUCUUUUCUUUGCGCACAACACCUCAUUAAAAGCAUGUCUUACUCGCCCGAUAAAUCGGGCAUCUGCUAUCUGUGACAGAAAAAGGGACUACUAGAUGUUUCAUGGACAUGCAUUUUUACGCUUGUUGGAAAAUGGUUAAUUGGUUAUGUGAUAUGGUUUUAUGCUGAUGUUGUUUUAAGAUUUAAAAAAAAAAUUCCGGUAUAUAUUGGGGGCAGUCAUGGCCUAAUGGAUGGAGAGUCUGGCCUGACUUCACCUGUAACCACGACUGAGAUAAGACCCUUAAGCAAGGCACUGAAUCCCAAUUGCUCCCUGGGUGGCGCAGCAUUGGCUGCCCACUGCCCCGGUUGUGUUCACAGUGUGUGUGUGUGCGUGUGUGUGUGUGUGUGUGUUCACUGCUGUGUGUGCACUUUGGAUGGGUUAAAUGCAAAGCACAAAUUCCAAGCAUGGACCACCAGUCGCUUCGCUUUUUUUACUCAUACAUUUUUUUUAUAUUUCUUUGUAUUAAAUUCUGCCUAUGUGAUGAGAUUUUUUUUUAACUGUUGCUUUAGAUUUUUGAAUUAGCAGUGAAAAAAUCAUUAUGUUGAUUCCAAAACCAUUUCUUAUCCAGUCUUUUUAUCUGUCUUUUAUCUGCUUUACGGCACAGAUUUAGUUGCAAAUUCAAAACAAGACAAUUUAAAAUGUAUGUUCAACCCCCCAAAGCUCUGAAAGGUGAUGCCUUUGAAAGGAAUAUGACAUAGAUAGGAUCACUUUUCCAUGCCCUCGUGUUCUCACCUUCAUACAGUGUGCUGUCUGCAUUGCUUUUAAAAUUCACUACUGUCCUACAUUUUAUAUUCUUACACACAGGGUCCAGUAUACAGGCAGUAUUGCAUAUAUAUAGAUAAAUUAAGACGUAGCAGUAAAACAUUAGCAGUAAAACAUUAAGGUAAUACUGAGCAUGUCACUAUUUCACAACGCUACUUCAUCAGUCACAUUAGGAUAUCAAGUGGCUUGCAGCAGCAACCUCAGUACAGCAUCUUCAAAUCUCAAAAUCUCUUUGUGAUUAUUUACGCAACACCAGUUAAUCACGUAAAGCACAGUGCAUUAGACCUCAAUAAUAACAGAUAUAAAUAAUUAGAACCUUAAACAAUGGUGCCAUGAGCACUCCAGUUUCUGGACUGCUUAGCUGUAAAUGUGAUUUUUAGUUACAAAAGUGAUGCUAUGUCACCUUCAUUGGCAUUCAAGGUCAUCAGAAUUGCAUGAAUGCCGACCGUUUGUGCGCAGAACAAUCCUGCCUUCCCCUUUGGAAAUGGCAGAACAGUGUCUCGCCUAAUCACAGGAGAAGGAUGUACUGAAGUAAUCUGUGAGAUUACUGUUUGCAGCUUUCUCCUAUAGAGGUGUCUGUUUUUCAAAGAUAGUUGUAGGGGAGGAUCUCAUCAUUAAAUCAUGUUGUCAAGGCGACAAGUUUGUGUGGAGCAUGGCUUUGAGGAGAGUGUGUCAGAACACAGGCGUAUUCCUGUCACGAUUUCAUCACUAUUUCUGCGUAACCUUGGCAACCCAAACUCCCCAAAAACCGCAACACUACAACCAGGUAAAACAUAUUACAACACUCACUCAAGCUGCUUUGUCAGAGUGAUUCAUAGCAUCGGAAGAGUUGUACACUGUAAGCAUUUCUAAUGAUGCAUGAAACGCUGAGCUGCAUAUCUGGCAACCCCAUCGCUUAAAACAUCAAAUUACUGUGCUAUUUUGCAGGAGUCUACAUUAAAUAUACAUUUAAAAAGCGUGUGUUGUUUAUUAUGCUUGACGUUUGUAUGUUGUGCCUCACAGUUGUUGGUGUUGCUGAGUUUAUGCAACACACACUGCAGUGGCCAGCGUCAACAUUUACAUGCUGGGCUGUUUCUUUCUCUGUUUCCAAUGGUCAAGAGCGAUGAAGGCAUAUGCAGUCCUGCACUGUGCUCCUGAGUUGAUGUUGUUAGCAUUAUCACACUUGAUCAAUAACUAUUAAUGAAGGAAACCAUGGCUGAUUCAAGAUGUGGCUCUUGCUCUGCGUUGCCAUGGAAACCAGAGCUGCAGCGCUGCAGGCUCAAAUUGGGAGUUGGAAGAAAAAGACGGGAAAGAGAGAGAGAGAGAGAGAGAAAAAAGAGAUAGAGAUGGAGGGGGUGUUUCAGCUGGAAUGGGGGAGAAAGGUAGUCCCUAUAGUAAGACCCAGGUAGCUUAUUUUAUGAUCCUUUUACGACUUUACUUACAAUCAAAACAUCUAUUUUUAUACAUAAAUGUUUUUGAAAUGGUAAAUAAAUAUUUCUUUGGUCAUCGGUCUUUUUGGAGGCGUUCGUGUAGUCCCUGCACAUCAUGGUCUGCUGUUGAUCCGAAUUAUUCUAUAUGCGUACGUUCCCGGCGAUUCAUUUCAAUGGUCACAGCGCCCUCUGUAAAAGCGCACUUCCGCUCCCAACCUGUAGACGGAGACGGUGGGUCAAACGAGUCACUAGAGUACACGAGGAAAACGCUUCAUGUGAAACACAUCAAUGAGCAAUCCUGCUCUUUCAGCUGUGGUCCAGUGAUUUAAAACUUACAAGCUGCUGUAAAUAUCACCGAAGGACUUUUUAAGUUAGAUUUUAGACAUUGAAUGCGUCUUUAGAGACCCGUGAGCGCUAUGAAAGUCAGUUUCUUGCAGUGCCAAUAAAUCUGGGAUGGUUAGACAUUUACAUCAUGACAACGAUGUCAAAUCCAUGUAACAUCUCUGCUGACCUGGAAAAGUACAUUGUGAAGGCUCCCCCUACUAUUUAUUAUGUUCCUAAUUUUAUAACGGAGGAUGAGGAGGAGUAUCUGUUGCAACAGGUUUACAGAGCUCCCAAACCCAAGUGGACACAGUUGUCAGGAAGGAGGCUACAGAACUGGGGUGGAUUGCCAAAUGCCAAAGGAAUGCUUGCUGAGAAACUCCCUGAUUGGCUCCUAAAGUACACAGAGAAAAUAUCAGCUCUUGGAGCUUUUUCUGGAAAAACAGCUAAUCAUGUGCUUGUAAAUGAAUACAAGCCUGGCGAGGGAAUUAUGCCUCAUGAGGAUGGACCACUGUAUCACCCCACCGUAACAACUAUCAGUUUGGGAUCUCAUACACUUCUGGAUUUCUACAAGCCUGUUUGUCAGACUCAGUCUGAAAUUCCUCAAACAGAAGAAAGACGCUACAUGCUAUCACUGUUGGUACAACGAAGAAGUCUAUUGAUUCUCCAGGAUGACAUGUACAAGCUUUAUCUGCACGGUAUCCAAGGAGUUUGUGAAGAUACUUUAUCGGAGCAUGUGGUGAAUGUGUCCUCAGCAGGGUCUCAGGUGGGGGACGCGCUGUCCCGUAGCACCAGGGUCUCUCUUACCAUUCGCCAUGUUCCCAAAGUGAUCCGGGCCAAUUUGUUGCUUGGCAAAAAGUAACACAUUCCGAGACUUGCCUGAACUUUGAACCGGACAAACAGGUUACACGUGUUUACACACUCAAAAGAGCGUGGAAAUAAAAUGCACAAAUGCUACAAUAUAUUAUUGUACAUGCAAAGCGUCUGUAAGGAUGUCUUCCUUUUAGAUACCUCAGUGGGUGGAUCGUGUGUGACUGCUUUUGAAAUAUUUGUCCUCUCCAAGUUGAAAAGUUCUACAGGGUUGUUUAAUCUUGUACAAACAGUUCUGAACGGAAUAUUUUAGCGAAAAUAUAAUAAAUGGUUUUUUCAACAUGAGUAAAAUGAUUUAUCUAUG